AUCUCAUCCUUCUUGGUUUUAACCGGUACCAUGGGAAGAACAGAUGAAGCAGGCUCAAGUGUUGCUGCACCAAAGCCGCCAAAGAGAACUUAUGGGAAAGCUUGUGCUUCAGAACCCAAAGGGAAAUCAGUUGCAGCCAAUGUCAAAACAAAGGGGAAGGGCAUUGCAACUAGCUCAAGAGCAAAUGGGAAGGAAAAGAGAGCUGAGAGGAGCUCAAGUGAGGAGUUAAGUGAGGAAGAUGCCAAUGUCGUUGUACCUGCAGCUGAACCACCAAAAAAGAAAAAGGUGGUUAAGAAGCCAAAAGCAAAGCCUCCCACUUACUCUGAGUACUUGAGAAAGCUUAGAUCUAUGAAACAAGAAGAGACUUUCUACCCUGACCUUGAUCUGCUGCAGAGACUUGGGAUUCUCGAUGAGGUCAGGGGUGUUCUUCACACAAUUGGUCUUGGUAACUUGAUGGAGAUGCUACAUCCUUCUUAUAAGGAUGUCACUUGUCAGUUUCUUGCUUCUUUGCAAGUAAACCACCACAAUGAAGAGGGACCAGACAACAUUGCUGCUGGUUUUGGGUCAAUAGAGUUCAAGAUCGGUAAGGAACAGUAUGAGGUAACUUUCAGAGAAAUCAGUGAUGCUUUUGGGUUCCCUGUUGAAGGAAGAAGCUGCCUCAGGAAACUGGCCUACUAUGGAAAUGAUUUGCAACAGUUGUGGUGGGCUUUAGCCGCCGGUUCAUAUGAGGCUGGAGUGAGCAAAGCCGCAGCAAUCAGGAGUCCUGCUUUGAGAAUGGUACACAAGAUCCUGGCCGACACAUUCUUGGGAAAGAAAGAGUAUUCCACUGUAUAUGAUGCUGAGGUGAUGAUGAUUGGUGAGGGGCUUAAACCUUUGAUGCCUUCAUUUAAAAGUGGACAGAUUUUUUAUGGUGAUUCUCGCAAGCCUACAAUGGCGGCUCUGCUUGUCAAGAACUUCAUGGCCAUUAAGAAAUGGGCGCAUAACAACAGAAUAAAGGAGCCAAGUAUGCGCAUUGGAGGCCUGAUCACUCCCAUCUUGCAGCAUAUUGGAGUUGAGCUAAGUGGUGAUAAGAUCGGCUACAGGUUGAUGGAUGCUUAUCUUAAGAAGAUCAACUAUCUUCAUGGCACUGUUGGAGAAUUUUAUGCCUACAACUUCACUCUUGAAGAAAAGAUUACUGCUAGAGUCUUGUUUCCCAAUCGAGCCCUUACCUCACUUGCAGAGAGAAAGAACAUUGCUUUUUAUAUCACCAAAGAUCAGUACUACAACCCAGAGAUUCACCCUCCUGUUCAGCUGAUCAGAAAGCCCAAUGCUGCCAAAAAGCCGUGUGUGAACACACCUGCUGAGGAGUCAAACCAUGUUAAUACCGAGCUUGAAUUGCCAAGACCAAUCUAUGGGAGCCGCAGGUAUUGUCUUGAUCCUUAUGAUGGCCCCAUGAUGAACAACGCCACUGAAGCUGCUCAUCGCCGCACCAAGAAUCUCCAGAGGUGGAACAAAUGGAAAGACAAGAACUUUAAGAAGAUGGCCGGUACUGUAAGGAGCCUGGUGUACACAGUUAAGAAGAUGGGUUCUAAGAUCAAGAAGCUGAACGCAAGCUUGAGAGGUACCAAAGAGGUGAAGCCGCUGAGAGUUCAUGCCAUGAAGAGCUGUUGAGGACUUGUGCCGGUCCGUAUGAGCAAGAUCCGAAUGAUGAGGAGCUAAGGGCCAGGAGGGAGGCAAUGCAAUCACCAUCAGACCAAUCCUCCAAUCCAUCAGUCUCAAUGGGGUCUCCAGCCCCAUCUCUAAGUCCUUGAGAAGGUAACACUCCACUCUUGUAAAUAUGCAUCUAGCUUAGUUUAUUUUCACUUUCCAUUUUGUGAUUUUUCUUUGCAC